AUGAGUCUGCUCUGCACCAGGGAGACAUGGAGAGCCCAGGCCCCGGGGAAGCCUCCCGCCUGCGAGCCCAGCCAGCCCCUCGCCUUUACAGAACAGCCACCCCCCAGGCCAGCCCGGAGCCAGAGGGGUCCGUGGCCACCUGGAGUAUCUCCCCUGGCAGGGCCUAUGGGGCUGUGGCUGUACUCUGCUACAUCAACUUGCUCAACUACAUGAACUGGUUCAUUAUCGCAGGGGUGCUCCUGGACAUUCAGAAGCAUUUCCACAUCGGUGACGCAGAAGCUGGCUUAUUGCAGACAGUGUUCAUCUCAGGCCUCCUGCUGGCCGCUCCCCUGUUCGGCUACCUUGGGGACCGCUACAGCCGGAAGGCCACUCUGAGCAUCGGGAUCGUCCUCUGGUCCAGCGGGAGCCUCAGCGGCUCCUUCCUCCCGGGCCAGUGUUCCUGGCUGUUCUUCCUCUCGAGAGGAGUUGUGGGCGUUGGGGUGGCCAGUUACUCCACCAUUGCCCCUACCAUCAUUGGGGACCUCUUCGUGAAGGAUCAAAGGACCUGGGUGCUGUCUCUGUUCUAUAUCUUCAUCCCCGUUGGAAGUGGCCUGGGUUAUGUCCUGGCAUCUGCUGUGACUACAGCUACAGGGGACUGGCACUGGGCAUUCAGGAUCAUGCCCUGCCUGGAAGCCGUGGCUUUGGUCCUGCUGAUCCUGCUGGUUCCAGACCCACCUCGGGGAGCCGCAGAAGAGCAGAGCGAGACUGGCGGCCCCAGGACCAGCUGGUGUGAGGAUGUCCGCUAUCUGGGGACAAACUGGAGCUUCGUAUGGUCCACUCUGGGAGUCACAGCAAUGGCCUUUGUGACAGGAGCCCUGGGCUUCUGGGCCCCCAAGUUUCUGUACCACACGCGAGUACUCCAGGGCUUGCAGUCUCCCUGCCACCAGGAGCCCUGUGACUCCCCUGACAGCCUGAUUUUUGGGGCACUGACCGUCGUGACAGGAAUCGUUGGGGUCCUCAUAGGUGCAGAGAUGGCAAGAAGGUUCAAGAAGCUCACCCCGAGGGCUGAGCCGCUGGUUUGCGCUGGGAGCAUGCUGGCUGCUGCCCCCUGCCUCUACCUGGCCAUCGUCCUUGCCCAGAAAACCAUUGUGGCUUUUUAUGUCUUCCUGGCUCUUGGGGAACUCUUUCUCUCUUUCAACUGGGCCAUCAUCGCUGACAUCCUGCUGUCCGUGGUUAUGCCCAGCCGGCGAGGGACUGCAGAAGCACUGCAGAUCACUGUGAGCCACAUCUUGGGAGAUGCUGGCAGCCCCUACCUCACGGGACUGGUGUCCAGUGCCCUCCAAGAAGCCCACGUGGACUCCUCAUUGUGGCUUUUCCGAAGUCUGCAAUACAGCUUCUUCAUCUGCAUCUUCGUCAAUGUGCUGGGGGGUGCCUGCUUCCUGGUGACUGCCCUCUGCAUGGAGCGGGAUCUGCCUCAGGCCCCAGCCACCGAAGAGUCCUGGGAGCACAGAGGAUGAGGGUCUCUGCCCGCUGGGGCUCAGGGUCCCAGGGGUAAGCAGCCUCCAUCUUCACUCUUCUCUGACUCUCCCCUCUGGCUACCUCCUGCUGCCUUGACCUGGGCUGGGGCUCUCCAGAGGAACAUCCACAGGUGCCGCCGAUGAGGAGCUGUUCUUGGUGCUGGCAACAUAACUGCCUGCCUGGGGAAUUGAGUUGUUGGGCCUCCUUCUUCAGUCUGACUAUGCCAGGUCCUGGGGGGAGGGGGGAGGAGGGGGAGACUGGGAAGAGCUGUUGGGCAUUUCUUCCUCCCCCCCCCCGCCCCGGCAGAUCCCUUGUCAGGACCUGUCUUGGCUUUGGGAAACUACAGGGUAUGCAGCCCUUGGGGACUGAGAACCUGGCAACAGAGAGAUAAUAAAAAUGCACGGUGGCUUCUGCUCUCAGUGGGCCUCCCUGGGGGCACUGGGAGGGAAGCCUGGGCAU